GUCAUUGCAAGUAACAUACAAGGAAAAUGGACAAAAGAUGGAGUCUCCAAGGUAUGACUGCCCUUGUGACCGGUGGAGCCAGCGGAAUCGGUUAUGCCAUAGUAGAGGAGUUAGCUAGUUUUGGAGCUAGAAUCCAUGUAUGUGACAUAUCCGAAACUCUGCUUAAUCAAAGUUUAAGCGAAUGGGAAAAGAAGGGGUUUCAAGUAAGUGGUUCAGUCUGUAAUGUAACCUCUCGUCCCGAGAGAGAAAAACUGAUGCAAACCGUCUCCUCGCAGUUUGAUGGCAAACUCAACAUUCUUGUAAACAAUGUGGGCGUAAUCCGCUCAAAGCCAACAACAGAAUAUACGGAAGACGAUUUCGCUUUCCAUAUAUCAACAAACGUGGAAGCUGCUUACCAUUUUAGCCAGCUUUCACAUCCUCUCCUAAAGGCUUCAGCCUAUGGGAGCAUCAUCUUUGUUUCCUCUAUUGCAGGGGUUACAUCUUUUGACGCUGGAUCAAUUUAUGGUCUAACAAAAGGAGCUUUGAUUCAGCUAGCUAAAAAUUUGGCAUGUGAGUGGGCAAAAGACGGCAUAAGAGCCAAUGCUGUUGCGCCUAAUGUCAUCAAUACUCCUCUAUCUCAAUCUUAUCUUGAGGACGUCAGUUUCAAGAACGGAUUGUUGAGUAGGACUCCACUUGGUCGUGUCGGAGAGCCAAAUGAAGUUGCAUCACUAGUGGUGUUCUUGUGUCUACCAGCAGCUUCUUAUAUUACUGGUCAAACCAUUUGUGUUGAUGGAGGUCUCACUGUUAAUGGCUUCUCCUAUCAGCCACAGGCUUGAUAAUAGCCUUGUCCUGUUCUGUUUGUUGGUCUUAAAUUCUCAAUGUUUUCUCACUAAUAAAAAUUCUUACUAUGA